AACUGAAAGACCUGCUUUCAGAAACUCUAGAACUGAGCGAGCAGUCUGUCUAUCUGUCUAAAAUCUAUCUAACCUUUCUAUACACUUACAAUGUGUUUAAUUUAGUAGUUUGAUGAGGUCUUGUUUGGUCUGACUGAGUUUUUAAUAAAACUUCAUAAAUAUGAUUUUUCAUCAAAAUGUAAUGCAGGUCACUAUAGCAGAGUGUCAUUAUUACAUGUUAGGCUGACGAUGGGAAGUUAAAGACCACAAGGAAGGGCUGAUGCUGUUUAAAGGAAGAACUGAGUGAAUGAUGAAAACUGAAAGACAGACAGAGACAGAAAAUGGCUGAUAAGAGUAAUAAGGAUCUGCUGGGACUGAUUUUUCUCUGCUCACUUCUCAAAGGUGGACACACAUAUCUCAAUAUGUUCAGAAGUGAUGGUGAGAACAUCAAUCUGCCCUGUAAUAAUGAUCAUACUUACUGCACAUCAACUUCAUGGGGAUAUAGAAAAGAAAGUUCAGAGGCAGUUGUAUUAUUUGAAAAGGGGAUAAAGAAGAAUGACAUAAAGAGACGUGAGAGACUGAGUCUGGGGUCUGACUGCUCUCUGAACAUCUAUAAAGUCACAACUGAAGAUUAUGGAGUUUACACCUGCAGACAAUAUGAGAAUACAGAUACUGAUAUCAGUGUUUAUCUGCAUAUCCUUCAUGUCUCUCCAUCAUCCACACAGACUGAGAUUAGACCUGGCAGAUCUUUCACUCUCUCCUGUCAGUUAUAUAUACAUUAUGGAUAUCCUUGUUAUAACUUCUUCAUUAAAGAGGGAAUUGAGCUGGUCUGGGUGAAUAAGGCUGGUGAAGAUCUGCAAUCAGACUCCAGAUAUCAGAUCUCAUCCUCUCCUCAUCACUGUAUCAGCACUCUGACUACAACACUCCUCCAUGAAGAUGACAACACUGAGUGGACAUGUCAGGUUACUGACGGAACUAAAGUCGAGACCUCAGUCAGAUAUACUGUCACAUACUCGGUCAAUUCAUCAGAAAACAAGUCUUUGGGUGGAUGGUCAGUCAGAGUGAUUAUAACAAUCGCUGAGAUCGCAGCACUAACUGCUCCUACUGUUAUUCUUCUACGGAUCAUCUGUGAAAGAAGAGCUGAUAACAGAAGAAGAGGUCAGGACUCCCAGAGAACAUACAUGAAUGUGAUCAGUGAGAUGAACAAUACUGAAUGAACAACGCUCUUGGCAACUAUAAAAAUAUGCAUUUUUAUUGAUAGGAAAACUUUUACACUUUAAUCUGUGUCAUUGUUACAGUGUAAUUACACAAAUAAGUACUGAGUAAUAUUAAUUUACGUAAUAUGAGGUUAGGGCUUGGUUUACGAUUAGUUUCUUGUAAUGAUGUAUAUUAUACAUAUUAUUACUAUUGUAAGUAACAUGUAACAUGUAUAACAAGUACACUGUAAAAUAUUGUUACCCUGAACUCAUAAUCCAUUGCUUAUGACUUCCCUUCAGUUGAAGCUAUAGGCCUGUAUAUAAUUCAUAGUCUUGAAUAUAAAUCAGAUAUUUUAUA